GAAGUAACACUCAAAAUUCAAAAGUCUCACUCUCACUCUUUCUUUCACUCCCAUUACCAUAAUAAUAUCUCUUUCCUAACUCUUUUCCUGUUUCGGUUAUCAAAUACUAAUAAUAAUAGCGCUAAUAAAACUAAUCUAAUCUCACUUAACACAUUUCCUAUCCAAUCCUCACUCUUUGCUUUGCUUCUACUCUCUCCCUCACACACAUGCACACGAUUUUUUUUUUUUUUUUAUGCUUUAUAGCUUUGCUGUGUGUUGAAAAGUAACGGACUGGGUUUAAUUCUUGGAAAGCUGGUAAUACCCAUUUGAGAAAAAUGAAAAAGAACGCUAAAAUGGAAGCUGGGUCGAGUUCACAAUUCCCAGACAAGCCGGAGAGAGUGAAGGGUGCUUCCAUUUCCUCCAGGCUUGGGUCCAUGUUUCCAAAGAUCGAGCCUUUUGUGCCAAGAACCGAUCACGACCCGAAUGACCUGAGAUCUUGGGCCAAAAGAACUGGCUUUGUCUCUGAUUACUCUGGAGAGACCAGGGCUAGUGCUAGUGACAAGAAUGAUAGUGCUGGGUUUGAUUUGGAGAGAGGUUUUGAUCAUAGAAACGGUGGGUCGUCUCCCAAAAUCGAGAUCGACCCGGUUCUGGGCCGGACUAAGCCGAACCAGGGGAUUGAGAUUGAACCGCUUGUGAAGAAUGAGAAUCAGAGGAGGAGGAAGCGGGAUAAGCCUGUGUUGGGGGAUAGAGAAGAUGAGAGGAAAGUUGGUUUGAAUGGAGUUAAUGGGAAUGUGAAUGGAGUUAAGGGGAAUGGGAAUGGAAAUGAAGUCCCAGUAGUUACUCCUUCGGCUGCUGAGGCAAAGAAAGAGGAAGAAGUAGCCGAAAGAGAGGCGAAAGUCGAAGUGUAUCCAGCACUUGAAGAAGAAGCUCAUGGAGGAGGGUGGCGCUUGCCGUCGGAAAUGAAAUGUGGGCUCAGAGAGAAUCCUGGUUUUGUACCAUUAAUGUAUUAUGGCCUCCAGCACUAUCUAUCUUUGGCUGGCUCACUAAUAUUCAUCCCGUUGAUAAUUGUACCAGCAAUGGGUGGAACAGAUAAGGAUACUGCUAAUGUGAUUUCAACAGUGCUGCUGGUUUCUGGUAUUACGACAAUACUGCACUCCUACUUCGGCACGAGACUUCCUUUAGUUCAAGGGAGCUCAUUUGUAUUUCUGGCGCCAGCAUUAGUAAUCAUAAAUGCGAAGGAGUAUCGAAAUCUUACAGAACAUAAAUUCAGGCACAUAAUGAGGGAAUUGCAAGGGGCAAUAAUUGUUGGUUCAAUAUUUCAGAGCAUUUUGGGAUUUAGUGGUUUGAUGUCCCUGUUUUUGAGGUUGAUUAACCCAGUUGUGGUUGCACCAACUGUUGCUGCUGUAGGUUUAGCAUUUUUUAGCUAUGGGUUUCCACAGGCUGGUAGUUGUGUGGAAAUCAGUAUUCCACAUAUAGUAUUGCUUCUUAUAUUUGCCCUGUACCUUCGAGGAAUAUCCAUCUUUGGGCAUCGUGUAUUUCGAAUUUAUGCGGUUCCCCUGAGUGUUAUGAUUAUAUGGAUAUAUGCCUUCUUUUUGACAGCUGGCGGAGCCUACAAUUACAAAGGCUGCAGCCCUGACAUUCCCAGUUCUAAUGUCUUAAUAGAUGCAUGCAAAAAGCAUGCAUAUACUAUGAAGCAUUGCAGAACUGAUGUUUCAAAUGCAUGGAGAACUGCUGAGUGGGUCAGAGUUCCCUACCCUUUACAAUGGGGUAUCCCUAUCUUCCAUUUAAGGACUUCCAUGAUAAUGAUCAUAGUGUCGCUGGUUGCAUCAGUGGAUUCGGUUGGAACCUAUCACUCCGCAUCUUUGCAGAUUAAUUCAAAGCCCCCAACUCCAGGAAUUGUGAGCAGAGGAAUUGCAUUGGAGGGCUUAUGCAGUAUAUUGGCAGGACUUUGGGGUUCGGGAACUGGAUCAACAACCUUGACAGAAAAUGUGCAUACCAUUGACAUGACAAAGGUGGCUAAUAGAAGGGCAGUGGAAAUUGGUGCGGGUUUCUUGAUCCUCUUCUCCUUCGUAGGAAAAGUGGGUGCACUUCUUGCUUCCAUACCACUGGCAAUGGCUGCUUCCAUACUGUGCUUCAUGUGGGCCCUUAUUGUGGCAUUGGGUCUGUCAACUUUGCAGUACGGUCAAACAACAAGUUUUAGAAACAUUGCAAUAGUUGGUAUUUCAUUGUUCCUUGGGUUAUCUAUCCCUGCCUAUUUCCAACAGUAUCAACCUGAAUCCAGCUUGAUACUGCCAAGUUAUUUCGUUCCUUAUGCAGCAGCAUCAAAUGGACCUGCCCACACUGGGAGUCAAACGCUUGAUUUUGCAAUAAAUGCACUUAUGUCUUUGAACAUGGUGGUGACGUUCUUGGUGGCAUUUGUACUAGACAACACUGUCCCAGGCAGCCGGCAAGAGAGGGGGGUGUAUAUAUGGUCACGUCCUGAAGAAGUUGCAAGUGACCCAUAUUUCCUCUCAGACUAUGCUCUUCCAAAAAGAGUUGCCAAAUGGUUUCGUUGGGCAAAAUGUUUGGGGGUGUGAUUAGCAGACAAUAGGAUUAGCAGCCACUAUUAGGAGAUUUCUCUGCUUAAAUAUCACUUCCUAGAUUUUUUUUCUUUGGGGUGGGAAAACAGUGGAGAUAUAGUAUAGCUGAAAUGAAGAAAUUGGAUAGUUCAGCAUACAUAGCAAUAGUUUUUUUCUACACGGAAUUUGAAAUUUCUUAUUUUAUCAAAUCAAUAAAAAUGUGAAAUUGCUUGUUAUAAUUGAGACAAACAAGGAUGAUUCCAAAUUAUAGCAAUUGUAAAAUAUUCUUUCUAA